GAGGGAGGAAGGCGGUCUCAGAGACACACACACACAAACAGGGCUUCGCUAGUUCAAGUGAGGAUAAGGACCGUCCUGAGGUGAACUCGACGUUACAAAUAGGAGCUGCGGCAUUCCAAGUGGAGCAGAGUGGAGGCGCAGCACGCCGGGGAUAAUAUUAAGUAACAGCGAACAGAGAAUCUGCGGCAUUUAAGCAGAAAGGGAAACAGAGAAAAGCACGUCUUCCCGGACCGAAAAAGAAAACAACACGCUUGGAAAGGAGUCAUGCGCACCGGAGGAGAAAACUGAUCAUUUCACCGAGGUGGCUCUGUUGCUACACACAGUUCCUGAGAGUUCAGCAAGCACUCAGCACCUCGCAGUGGUCCUCUUCACUCCCAGCAGCCAGGAAAAAGUCAUCCCUCAGAAGUUAUGUUUGAGGAAGAGUCUCGGGAGGUGGCUGUGCUCCAUAACAUGGAGUCACCUGCUGCAGGAGUGCCAGGUGUAGGUGCAGGAGUGGGGCUGAUGUCCUUCACAGAUGAACCUGUGCCCAUAUUGACCUCCGGCAGCCUGCUGGCUCGCUCCCUGCUGGGUCGCCCCUCAGCCAUCAAGCGCAAAGAGAGUCCCCCUCCCAGUGCCCGCCGCAAGCGUGAAUUCAUCCCGAAUGACAAAAAGGAUGACGGCUAUUGGGACAAGAGGAGGAAAAACAACGAGGCAGCCAAGCGUUCGCGAGAGAAGCGGCGUGUAAACGACAUAGUCCUGGAGAGCCGGGUUCUAGCUCUGCUGGAGGAAAAUGCUCGCCUAAGGGCAGAGCUGCUGGCUCUUAAAUUUCGCUUCGGCCUGGUGAAAGAUCCCUCCAACGCACAGAUUCUUCCCCUAACUACGGCUCCUCACCACACCUCUCAAACUUUAACUCCUCACUAUUACCUCCACAGAGAAGAUGGAGGUCUCCAGGGCUCUCCAACACCAAAUCCCAGCAACCAGACAGGCCAGUCAAACUCCAGGAGCUCCAGGGAGGCUGGUAACAUGUCGGAGGACUCCGGCUUUUCUACGCCAGGUGGGUCCAGUGUGGGCAGCCCAAUCUUCUUUGAAGACCGUCUUGGCGAGCAUGAGAAGUUAUCCCCACCCAGGGUGGAGGAGCUGGGCUACGACCUCCAUCACUCGCCUGCUGAUGCCCACCACGGUGCAGCACUCAAUGGAGGAAAGCUCGAUCAAGGAGAGGGGAUGAAAAACCUUCCUCACAAGCUACGUUUCAAGAUGCCUGGAAGUGGCGAAGGGGUUGAAAGUACGAGUGACAACAGUGUCAGAAGGAGCCCUGGACGGGAAGGUCCUAGAGAGGCCGUCAAAGGACUGAUCGGAGUGGAAGUGGGGCACUGCGCUGGAUCCUGGCUUCAUAAGCUAGAAGGGGACGAGAGCCGGAGGGAGAGAAUAUCCCCUCAUAAUGGUGCUUCUACCACCUCCAACCCUCAUUCACCCCCCACGCCAGCUCAAAGCGAGAUCAAGCAUGAGAACACUUACCUGAAGUCCCAGCUGAACUCUCUCAGUGAGGAGGUGGCGCAGCUGAAGAAGCUUUUUACAGAGCAACUGAUGGGGAAAAUUAACGGAUGAGCCUCCACUUUUACGGACAAAGUCUAGAAAAUGAAGCUGAAAAGCCGCAGUGCCGGACCAUCCAGAUGCUCACAAGGACUUUAAAGUCUUGCUAACAUAUGUUUUUCUAAAUGUUGUAUUAAACGUCUUUGAACACUCAUCCUAUAUUUGCUGUUUAAAAACUUACUUUAAUCUCAAGUAUCACUGCUGCUGAGUCUUACCUGUAUUAAAGUGUAAAACGGUGUCUGUUUCAUACACUGUGACAGCAAAAGAAAAAAAAGCUCAUAGCCUCACACCAGGUAGAAUCGAUUUAACUGGAGUUCAGGUUGCUAACACACCAGGAUGGGGAAGUUUGUGCAGUUGUGUAAUUAGGGUGGUGCGACCCAUUGCAAAGCUACAAACAGUACAAACACACACAAAGGAAGUUAUUAGCUGAAAAAACUAUCACAGGCCCUCAAAGCUUCAGGAAAGAUCUGCUCUGAAUCAGGUUACAUGAGCUAUUGUGUAUCAUAUUGUCUCAUCACGGGAUACAUUCAGUUUAAGUAAAAACACUGUCACUUGUAGAGUUUCGUUGUUUCACAUCACUGUUCUGGCUCAACUUAUCUGUACUGAGGUAAUGAGAAUUCAUUGUUUGCUGUUUUUGUGUAUUUUCAUAUUAAAAAUAAAUAUUUGUCUGA